UUUUUCAAUUGUGACGUAUGGACGUUUAAAUCAGGAUUCUAAAAAGGGAUCACCUGUUUUCAGGAGAUGUGUGGCGGGAAACGGGGAAGCAGACAGGGAAGUCGUCAGCAUGUCCUCACCUGGUUUUACUGACAUCUUCCAUUGUGAGGACACUCCGCAGUCUAAGGGACCGUUCUCAUACACUGACGAUGGGCUAAAUGAUAGUUUGGACGGGAGUUCGACUGAACUGAUUGAUGUUUUUGAAGAGGAAUUCUGUGAGGGUGAACUCUGGAUUCCUCCGAACGACGAUCUGACCCAAAAAAUUGCAGCCCAGCUCGAGAACUACUUUUCAGAUGAAAAUCUAUCAGAUGACGCUUUUCUGCUUAAACAUGUCCAAAGAAACAAGAUGGGUUACGUUAGUCUGAAGCUGCUGACAUCUUUCAAAAAGAUUCGAGAUCUGACGCGUGACUGGCGCACCACACUGGCUGCUUCGAGAACCUCUCCGCAGCUGGAGGUCAAUGAGAUGGGAACCAAGGUGCGACGACGCACUCCAGUGCCCGAUUGGCUCCUGUGCAUUCCCACCAGCAAGCUGCUUCUGGCCUGGAACUUCCUGGACGGUGUCGGCCCAGUCAAGGAUGAGUGGAAUGGGUCACCGGGUGGGGAGCAGCCAGGCAUCAUGGAAGCGGCAAUGCGGGUGUUUUCCCCCUACGGCACCAUUUCAUCUCUUCGCAUUCUGCGCCCAGGCAAAGAGAUCCCUGCAGAGUUGAAACGCUACACUAAGAAACACCUGGAAAUGGGGCGCAAAGUGUGUGCCGUGGUGGAGUACGAGUAUCUAGAGGGCGCGCGUAAGGCAUACGACACCCUGAGGGCAGAAGAGCGGCAGCAGGGAGGAAGGGGCGUUUGUGUGGUCCUGUUGGGCAGCCGUGGGACUCGUAAGCCGGGAUGGAGCCAAAACCUAGUGGAGGAAAUGUCGGAAGAAGGGAUUGACAAUGACAGUUUAAAAAAGCCCACCAGAAAAGCCAGGCGGUACCUUUACACUCUGGAGGAUUCGGCUGUUUGCAGCUCUUCAGAGUCCGAUUUUGCCCCCGCCUCACCCCGGCCCAACCGCAGGGUGUCCCGCCCUCAGGCCCUCUACGGCAGUCCCCUCGCCAUCCCGCGGAUAUCCACCUUCCGCUCGGACCCUUACAGGAAUCCUCUUGGCAGUCCCGUUGGAAGCCCCCUCCUGCCUCGCAAGCUUUUCCCUUGCAGUCAUGUGACCUCUCCUCUGGCCACGCAUCCGUUCAGCAGCACGCCCACUGGAGCCGGGACGUCCGCCUUCUUCAGGCACAAGGGCUCGGAUGAGCUCUCUCCGGAUGACACGGGGUUCACCGGCAGCCCGUGGGUCCAGAGACGGAAAAAUGCCGCCCAGGUCAUUCAGCCCGAGAUGGGAAGCUUGCUGUCACCCGAUCAGAUUGUGAGGUCUUCGGGUGUCCUGGUUGUGCGCCAGCCUGUCGGCCCGGACGGGACCAAGGGUUUUCACAACUGCAUUGGUAGAGGGAAGGUGCUGUUACCCCACUGACCCUGUCAAAUGCAUUAUGAAGUCUUUUUUUUUCCACUGAGCCUGUAUUUGUGCAGUGCAACAGAAGCACUUUUAAUGCAACACAAUUACUGACAACUUUAUUUCUUCUAUCAAUGAAAAUGG